GGUGCGUGGGGUCCGACAGGGCUUUUGCGUGCCGUGUUGGUUAGGUCCACCUUGCAAGGUUAAAUCGGAUCGAUUCGCCGUGACUCGCGGUUAUGAGAGCCUUGAUCUCUUGGUCACAUCGUAGAAAGGAAAAUGAGUAGAAUUGAGAAGUGAAGAAAUGUGGGCUGAUGACAUCCAAUUAAUGAUUUGAUCACCUUGAUUGUUGUAGUUUCGCCAAUCAUAGAUGACUAGUAAUUUUAUUGAUAAAAUGCGGCUAAAACAUUGAAAGUAAGGGUAUACAUCUAGAUGCUAUUUCUGCAAAAUAACCACCAGCCAAAUGCCGUGCAUGUCUAGGUAUGUGGGCUAAGUAUACCCAAUAGUCGGGUAAGUCUUGCUAAGUAUUAGUUGCUCAGGGUUUGUUGUUUACUCUAUUUCAAGUUUAAGAGCUAUCUAGGUGUCAUAUCGGUGGGCUCGAUGUGGUGCCUUAUCUUCACGUCUCGGUAGUUCUCGAAUUAUUUAGUUUGUUUUAUUUAUUCUCUAGUAAAAAUGCUCUGUAAGUUAGAUUCUCCUCCGCUGCUAUCUUUUCUAUUGUAAAUAUUAAAUUUAAAGCGGUUUUGUAAAAGCCUUGAUAUUAUUUACUAUUUUUGUAAGUUUUUAUCGUGCUGGUACCUUCUGUGCUCACCUUCGUGCGAGACUUCUGGUGUGUUUCGAUCGGCCUGUGGGUUGGAAACAGCCUAUCAAGUUACACUUAAUUAAACUAAUACGCCAGACGAUGGCGGUUACGCUUAAUUAAGUGUUUUAACUCGGCGGGUCUGUCACAGUCAUAGUGUGUAGCUAAUUGUGAAGCGUCUGAAUAAUCAUGUGUGUACAGUGUCCGCCACCUCUCAUGGCCAUUCCAUGACAUGGUAAUUCCUUUAAUCUCGCCAACAAAGAAAUUAAAACUCGGCCACAAAAAAAAAUUCUCCGUUAAUAUUUUACCAGAGUUGAAUUCGAGAUCAACCGUCGAAAAAUCCUCAUUUAAUUAGUGUUUACAAUUAGGAGGCGCAUAAAUAUUUGGUAUCUUAACUCCCGAAUCCAGGUACGGUGAAACGAAAAAGUCAGGUUCCUGGCGGUCAAAGCUACGUGUCGGUACGACACGAACUCGGACUCGACUACGACCAGAGUCAAGGGGGAUUUGUAGCGGCCACGGCGAUCCGGCUGGCGGCGGCUUCCAGGUCGGUUCGGUCCCCAAAUCCAGGCCACUCGGCACUCGCCAGCCAAUAAAGCCAAACCCCCGUGGCGAGAACCCAAAGGAGGCCACCCCCACGCGCCGAAGCAGCUGCUGCAGGGCUUGCCGCCGCCGCAAGCGCAGUCCGCGUCCAUGGCGAAGGGCAAGUUCAAGCACAAGCCCACGGGGGAGCGCACCUUCUCCUCCCCCGAGGAGAUCGCGGCUGGUACUUCAGCAGACCGUCCAAGAACCUUUAAGAAGCAAGGUGAAAAGGAUGUCUAUGAUAGAAGGGGAGAGCCAGAACAGGAAGAAGAUUCUGAAGAUUUUGCAAAAACCAAAUACAAAGGUACAGAAGGUCUUAUUGAGAUUGAGAAUCCAAACCUGGUGAAACCAAAGAACAUAAAAGCCAAAGACAUUGAUAUUGGUAAGACACCUGACAUCUCCAGGCGUGAAAGAGAGGAGCUUGAGAAACAGCAAUCUCAUGAGCGUUAUAUGAAGCGGCAGGAGCAAGGAAAAACAGAACAGGCUCGGAAAGAUUUAGAGCGCCUUACUUUAAUUCGGCAACAAAGAGCAGAAGCUGCAAAGAAGCGUGAAGAGGAAAAAGCUGCCAAAGAAGAGAGGAAGGCUGAAGCGCGCAAGUGACCUGGCAAAGUAUGACACCAUAGGGCUUUAUGGGAGCUGUGGUAGCUGAAUGACAGCAGUAGUUUCCGUGCUUCUGAUAUCUCUUGAGAUUACUACGCUUAUUACCAUUUUGAGUAGUGUAAUUGCAUGAAUGUUGAUGGUGCUGGUCAAUGAUCACCACGAAUUGUCUUCCAUAUUCAUGCAAGGGUGACCACGAAUUAUCAACUUUGAGGGUGGCGAAGUAGAGUAAUUGCAACUUGUCUGGAGUCUGGACAAUGGUUC